AUGCCCCAAGAACGCCUCAAUGUCAUUGCGCUCGUGUCUGGCGGCAAGGACAGCUUCUACAGCCUGCUCCACUGCAUCCACCAUGGCCAUCGCGUAGUCGCCCUGGCCAACCUCUACCCGGCCCGCGGCGGCGACGACGACGACGACUCGCCAGCCACAGCAGCCCGUGCCGUCGAGGUCGUCGACCCAGCUGAGCAGGUCGUCGCACCGGCGCCGCUGCAGGGCCACGGGCCCGAGGCCGAGCGGGAUCUCAACAGCUUCAUGUACCAGACGGUCGGACACGAGGUCAUCCCCCUGUACGCCGCCGCCACGGGCGUCCCGCUGUACCGCCAGCAGAUUCUCGGCACCACGCUGCGGCACGAGCGCGACUACGACUCUGCGGCGACGGCGGGCGAAUCCGGGGCUGGUGGUGACGACGGCUCUCGAGACUCCGCCGCCGCCUCCACUGCCGGGCUCGACGAGACAGAGUCCAUGGUGCCUCUGCUCCGGGCCGUCAUGGCCCGCCAUCCGGAGGCCAAUGCGCUGUGCUCCGGCGCCAUCCUGUCCACCUACCAGCGCACGCGGGUCGAGUCGGUCGCCCUGCGGCUCGGCCUCGUGCCGCUGUCGUACCUGUGGAAGUACCCUGUGCUACCGUCGCCGUCCCCGGCGGCCGACGAGGCUCAGCUGCUCAGGGAUAUGGCGGCUGCGGGACUCGAGGCGCGGAUCGUCAAGGUGGCAAGUGCGGGCCUGGACGAGGACCACUUGUGGGAAAGAGUGACGAGCAGCGAGGGAGUGACUCGUGUCAAGGCCGCGCUGAAGAAAUUCGGCGCCGCGGAGGGGGCGGCACUCGGCGAAGGGGGCGAGUUCGAAACCAUUGUGGUCGACGGCCCGCGUGAGCUCUUCAAGAGAAGGGUCGUGGUGCCCGACAAUGGGAGGAGGAUUGUGCGCGAGGGUGGCGGCUCGAGCUGGCUGGCACUUCGGGGCGCACAACUUGAGAACAAACCCUCUGAAGACGACGCGAACAGGGCUGUCCAGGAACCUCUGCUCAUGGAUGCCAAGUUUCAACGUAUGCUGGAAGAUGUCACAUCCCCAACGCAAGAACAAGGGACGACAAUGGCAUCGGACCUUGCCGGAAGGUCGACAUUACUUGCCAGGUUGGGCCCUAUUCGCAAACACGACUGUGGGCUCCUCCAGCGAGCAUUCUUGGCGGAUGCCGGUGCCGCGGACGGCUCGAUACAGGGCGAGAAAAAGCUAGUUGUCGACAGGGUGAGAGAGUUCUUGGCUUCGCAGUCGCUGGAUUCAUCACAAAUCACAAACACCAUCAUCAUUCUUCGGAACAUGGCGGAUUUCCCCAAGGUAAACGGCGAGUAUGGCAAGCUGUUUGUCAAGCCGAACCCUCCGUCACGCAUCACGAUAUCCUGCGGCAGUCUGCUGCCAGAAGGACGCAGCAUUGCGUUGUAUCUCACUGUACCUGACGCUCGAGUGGGCCGGGGAAGGGAUGGACUUCACGUCCAGUCCCGGUCCUACUGGGCUCCCGCCAAUAUCGGACCUUACAGCCAGGCCAUUGAUAUACCAGUCACUUCUGAGUUUGAGUCGACGGGCAUAAGAGCCGUCUACGUUGCCGGGCAGAUCCCCCUUUUGCCCGCCUCCAUGUCGUUGCCGUCCCCGUCGGAUACAUCUCUGCAACUGCAGGUCGUGCUCUCUCUUCAGCACCUCUGGAGGAUUGGGCAAGAAUUGAAGAUCCAGUACUGGACCAGCGCAGUUGCCUACUUUGCUCGAUCAACGUCUGCGGACGAUAUGGAGCGGAAGGCCGGUCUUGCUGGCAAGGCAUGGGCACUGGCCCACGCACCUCCGGAUGAGGAUGAAGAGACCGAGGGCGGUCCCGACUUGUGGGAUUUGAAGUUCAACCCACAAUACAUGUCGCUGGGUGCCGGCGAGGGACAAAGCUCCAAGACGCCUCUACCCGACUGGUCGGUGUUCACAAUGCGCCAGCAGAACGAGCCGGAGACUUGCAUCCCGCCCCUGUUCAGCGUGGAGAUUGAGAGCCUGCCACGGGGAUCUGAUGUCGAGUGGCAUGCGCACGUCGGACUCAAGCAGAUCGAAGAGGGCAGCGCGGAGAUGGUGCACGUCCCCGAAGUUGGAGCAGAGGGGUGGAGAGCCUGGCACACCAUCGUUCAGACGGCGAGUGUGUAUGUGAUUUACACCAUACUGGCCCUGGGGUCAGGACAAGUGUCGACCCUUGCCGGGGUCAGGCAAGAUAUGGCCAAGGCCUACGCGGGAUCGCUGGCGGGUAUCGGCGUGGACGCCGCAGGACUCACGACCGAGGACCCCUACCUGAUGUAUGCGGAUCUGGAAUGCGUUGCAGACGCCUGGAAAGAGAUCCAGGGCUCGGCGGAAGAGGGGCAGCCUGUUGCCCUGGUGCCUUGCUACUCGAUUCGCUCGAUGAGGGGUGAACGGUUGAGCUGCGUGGCGCUGUUUAGAACCGUCAUCGGCGCACUGACUUCAUAG